GACGUCCACCGAUGCUGCUACAGUAAAAGUAUCUAGUAUCCACUUCACGCCUCUUUAAUUAUGGCAGAAAUUACAAAGUACUACAGGGAAGAGAUAUUAGUAACAAAUGUAAUACAAUAAAUUUAUCAAGCUAUAUAAUGUAGAAGAAGUGUCAGUUAAACAACAGAUCAGCAAAAUGUUUGGGAAUAAACUGCGGUCUUGGAUGGAAGCAGUGAGGUCGAGAAAAAAACAACAUAGGAAAGAAAAACAGGGAAAAAGUAAUAAUCUUGUUUUCGGUCAUAAAAAUACUGUUAAAUGGGAUACUAAUUGUGCCACUGUUCUAAAUGAACACACAGGGAACGAGAGAUGUGCUUCCAAGAAUCAUCCGCAUAAAGAAAAUCAACCUCAAACCGGGACUUCAUCAGGAGUGUCAAAUUCGAGAUAUUCAGCUAACAACUUAUCAUCUCCAGAGUCGGCCUAUUCUACUGGUUAUUCUACAGAUGGUACAUCACCUGGAGCACCUCCUGAAAAUCUAUUAAAUACGUCAAAAGUACCAGAUAUCUGCCAUCCUCGUAUUGCAGUCUUAAAUCCUAUUCAAAAUCCCAAUGGAAAUCUUAAAGUCCCUGCGCAGCCCAAUGUAUUACCAAGUUCAACAAACGCAUUACCAAAUGCUCUUAAAGAUCACCAUACUCCAGUUUUUAAGAAAAGAGAAGUGGAUGAAUCAAAAUUUGCGGCAACCAGUAGAAUCAAAGAGAAAAUCAUCGGAAAUCUAAGCCCUGCUCUCGGAAUAACUUCGCCAAGGCAAAGAAACCGUAUUAGGACCAAUCCAUGGUUACCAGGAAGUACACUGAGUCCGAGUCCUGUGAAACAUAAUCACAGCAAAACAAUGGUUCCAGCAAAAUCAACUAGAGACAGUAGUCCGAAACUUCGUAGGUUUUUAAGUCCUGCAGCAAGUAGACGACGGUCACUAUCGUCUUCAUCUAGUUCUUCACUUAGCGCAACUAGUAUUCAGUUGGAAGUUCCUCGACCAAAAUCUCUAAGCGACGAAGACUGCACAUUGAACGAAAUGAUGGGAAAAUAUGAUGAAAGUUACGUUUACGAAAAAGAAACUGAUAUUUUAAGUGAUAGCGAUCCGACAGAUUGCGAAACUGACAUUGAUACAGGUCAAGAUGGUGGCGAUGAAGACGAUCCUUUUGAAGGAGAGUUAGAUUUCAUCGACAAUGGUUCUUUCUUAGAUUAUGAAGCUAAUAGAGCAGAUUUAAAUACUGGCCAUUGUUCUUAUUACAACUAUGAUGUUCAAAGAAAGAUUUCGUCUAGAAGACGUACACAGCGCAGGAAUAAUAAAACAAAUGAGAAAAAACGUAGGUCUUGCUCAAGUAAGAAGAGACAGUCUAAACAGUUUGAGAAGGAGAAACGUAUUAAUAUAUAUAUCGAUGGUUCUAAAAGUGCUGGGGCUACUCCCAUUUCCGUCCGACGUGCCAAUUGUAGACCCAUUUCUAAGUUAGCACUAGAUGAUGGCCUAAGAAAAAGAUCAAAUUCGGUAGGUUUUUACCGAGAUCCCAUCAGUACAAUAGAUAAAAGAGACAAAGAAGCUGAUUUAAAAUAUAGAGAACUAAUAACCGAAGCUGAACAAAUUCUACAUGCGAUGAAAAAUAACGGGUUAUCACCUAGAAGAUUACCUGGCCCUGCAAACAAAAGAGUGGAGCUAUUGAGGAUAACCGAAUCUGCGAAACCUGAGAUAUUUGUAAACAACAGAUCAGCUACUGAGGACACUGUAAUCACUAAUCCCUUUUGUUCUAAAAUUCCGUCCAAUAGUGGUUACAAUUGCCCUAGAUUUAGCCCUAAGAAGAAUCAUAUCACUAAAUUCAUUAUAAGUAAUUCACCAGUUCUUGCUAAGAGAGAAUGUGAAAUGCCAUCACAUAUUUACAAUUCUCCAAUAUCUAAUAGGAAAACGGCAGCCCAUGUCUCUUUGAAAGAUAAACACACUGAAGUUGUUAGGAUGAGUCCAAAACACAAGAAGAAAAUAACUAAACGUGUAACAGAUUCAAGUUCUGACUCGGAUGACGUCCUUAGACGAAAUAAAUUGAGUGGUAGCUGCCCACAGAGUGAACCAGUUCGAAGAAAGGUAUACUUUGGCAACCAAAAAACAAUUGGAGUAAAAACAGUAGCCUUCAAUUUGACAGCUAAAACAUUAACCCAAGCAGAGUGUACCGUGAGUAACGAAAAUUUACGACAGCAAGUUCUUUUAAACACAAUAGUGAGUUUGAAAAAAAACUUGGAGGAUCAUUCAGCUUCUUUGAAGCAAGUUUAUAGGAGCUCUCACAAUAUAUAUGCCUAGAAGUUUCCAUAGGGUACUGUGCAAUCAUAUAUUUUAUACCAAAUACUCCCAAAGAAGCCUAUUUAUUAUAUGAUCAAGGUAAUAUAAAUACUUUCAAAUAUUUGGUGAUACCAAAUAGUAGGAGCCUACUUUAGAAAUAUGAACAGAUUUUAGCAAUACUCUACUAAAGGAUUACUUAAGGUCUUAGAUACAAUAAUAAAUUACUUCAGUAUAGAUGAUAACAAAAUAAUAAUUAACAUUUUAUUAGUGAUUUUUUUAACUCAUUUUGAAGUAUUUUAUCUUCAUUUUUAUAAGUGUUUCAAUACUAUUUAAUCUUUAAAACUGCCCAGUCUGAUUAUACUCAGUAUUUUUGUCAUUUUAUGCACUGGUAAGUGAUUUAUAAGAGAAUCAUCAUCGAAAGAGUCUGUUUCCUAUAUGAAACUAUGAAUGUUGUUUUAUAUUUUUUCACCCUGCAUCUAUGAAUAUCAAAUGUAUAUCUCCCGAUCAAAUCCAUUCCUUUCAGAAUGCAGCACUUGAAGAAUAAACGGAAAGAGCUAUAUCAUCCCCGAUUUCAUUUGAUGGGGUAGUCAGCCUUCACUGUUCUUUACUCUCCCUUCAACUUUCCUAGGAUUGAUGUAAUUACGAAUAUCUAAUAAUUUACAUUAUGUUUUGACUUUCGCGUUAGUAUGUGUUUGUCGUAGCCAAACAAAUUUGCGCACUUAUUACCAGUAGAAAUACUCAUAUAGAAUGGAUCCUCUUGUUAAGACAGCAGGCCCUCUGAUGAGUAGUUCCUCUUCUUUAUUUCUUUAGGGUCUCUAUUAGAGCAUACGGAAUCAGUCGGAUUGUUAGUUUAUUUCAAUUUUAGAAAUAGUUAGUUUGUUGUGAUGUAUCAGGGGACAUCAAUUUCUUGCCUCAGGUUGAUAUUCUGCUUCUAAUGUGUCUUCCUUUUUCUUGAUUUUUUAGUUUUAUCUACUAGGUAGUCGACGUGGUAAUUCCUCUUCCGCAAUCUAUGUUAUCUUUUCGUCUCAUUGUACUUCCUGAAGAGUAUUGUUUCAGUCUGCGUAGGCCCUCUGUACCACAUCUAUGUCUACCUACCUUUUUUUAAUUGAAUCUUAGUUUCUUUGAACUAGAACACGCUGAUAUUCUUUGAAGGGAUACGUUCCCACUCGGAUUGUACUGUGUGAUCGAGUUUUCUUGAUAUUUCAUCAAAAAUAAAUGGAUUGGGCGUAUAAUGAGAGUGGAAUAAUUUUUAGAAAAUGAGUAUAUUUCAACCUUACAUAAAUAAUUUCAGGAAAUACAAAAAAAUCGUUCAUUUAUAUAUCAAUAGAUAUGUUUAUAUAUGAUUGAAAAUGGUUGAUUCGAUGAUUGAAAACAAAAGACUGACAUACCGAGUUGCUGAUUUGAAUAAGGUACAAAAAUAGCUAGUUUUUGAGCUAAAGUUUAUAAUAGGUAUUUCUAAAGGAGACUAAUAAUCGCCUACUAUGGUAAUGUUAUUAGUUAAAUAUUCUUUUUUGUAGAAGUGAAUUCCUCUUAGUGAAGGGAGAGCUCUUUAUAGAAUUUACCAAACGGGGAAAUUCAUGUAUCAUUAUCACUAGUAAUAGAUAUAUUUUGUUAGAAUUGGAUAGCCAGCCUGGCAUCUUUUUAUGCUAGUUAAUGUUAAGCAAUAUCUGAGGAAUCUCUAUUUUUGUUUGUGACCCUACCUUUGUCGUCAUCUUUCCUUGCAUUAUUCAAUAUGAAACAAGAUCUCAAAAUAUGUUCACAGUAAUGAAAUUUAUUGAUUUUAAUGCUGUUCACUAUUUCCUUUUCACCCCUGUUAGGACCUCAAUAACCGUGAUUCGAUGUAACCAUUUGAUUCUUAGUGUUCUUCUGGAAGCCUUAUGACAAAAUAUUUAUUUGACAAACUAUUAUGACUCAAGAGAAUGCUAUGUUGCGACUUAUUGCAGUUCAAUUUCUUUAAAAAAAAUUAACAUACUUUCACCUUCAGAUUAGAAAGUUAGUAAUUUUCUCUUUUAAAUAUCGUGAAACUUAUAUUAUUUGAUUAAAAACACAAGAAAAACUUUUGAGUAACGUCAUCUCUAGAAUUAUACAUAUUUGAAAAGACUUUUUUCUUAAAUACAAAAACAAAAACAAAUAACAACUUGUUUCGAAAAAAGGCAGUUACUAAUAAUAAAUAAAAGUUUGUUUUUGAAAAAGACAGUCACUUAAAACGAAUUGCUUUUGCAACAAGCAAUUUCUCAAUACAAAUAAAGGUUUUUUUGUAGAAGGCAGUCUCUUGAAACAAAUGUUGAUUUGCUUUUCUAACAGACAGUCUCUAAAGACAAAUGUUAGUUUGCUUUUGUAACAGACAGUCUCUUGAUACAAAUAACAGUUUUUUUGUAAACGGUAGUCUAUUGAAACAAAUGUUGUUUUUUUUGGAAAAACCAGUCCCUAAGGACAAACGACGAUUUGAUUUCAUAACAGAUAGUUUCUGAAUACAAAUAACAGUUUUUUGUAGAAGGCAGUCUCUUGAAACAAAUGUUGGUUUGCUUUUCUAACAGACAGUCUCUAAAGAAAAAUGUCAGUUUGUUUUUGUAACAGUCUCUCGAUACAAAUAACGCUUUUUUUGUAAACGGCAGUCUCUUGAAACAAAUGUUAUUUUUUUUUGGAAAAAACAGUCUUUAAGGGCAAACGACGGCUUGCUUUCAUAACAGACAGACUCUCAAGACAAAUAACAGUUUUUUGUAACAGACAGUCUCUUUAUACGCAGUUUUUGGUAAACGGCAAUCUCUUGAAAUAAAUGUUGGGUUGGCUUUGUAACAGAGAGUCUCCCAAGACAAAUAACUGUGUUUGUAACAGUCUCUCAAAAUUUUUGAAAAUGGCAGUCUCUAAAAACUAAUAAUGGUUUGUUCCUAGACAAUUUCUUACAACAAAUAUCGGUUGGUUUUUGAAAGCAACAGCAUGCGAAAUCGAAUGGUUGUCAUUUUAGUUCAAUUUUAAUAUGACGAAUGGUUAAAUUCUUCCUCUUUGCUAUAGAAAGGAUUAUCUGUAUAUUCGGUUUUUGUUUCCAAUAGUUCUUCGCAGUGAAAUUUAGUUUUUUGUGGCUGAUUUUCAUUUAGUCUCACUUUUUUUGGAAAAAAUCAUAACAAGCAAUCGCAGUAUAUUUCUCAAUACUUUUGUAUUAAAACGUGCUAAACAUCACUUCUCUGUUUCGAAAUCUUCUGCAAAAUCCAAGGCGCGGCUUACAAGAUUUUAUUCAUAAAACUCUCAUUCCAAUAAAUUGUUAGUUUCGUUUAUAAAUCUGUGCAAGGAAAUUAACGAUAUAAGACCAAUGAAAUAACCAUCACAAUGGUUGAUAUGUCCAGAGAAAUGUUGGUAAUGGGAUACCAUAAAACUAUCAUAUUGCUUCUAAAAAUGUUUUACAGAAAAUUUGUACCAUAUUGCAUUCACAUGAAUAUCUCUGUUUGAUUAAUCUCAAGAGUCUUUUAUAGUGUUUUUUUUUGUUGAAACUAUGUAGAAAUAUUUUUAUUUAUUAGUAGAAGUUGAACAUUUACUCAGUAGUAUAAUACUCUAGCAUUAGAAAAGAUUAGUUACAGCAUUAGUUUUUGGCUCACAUUCAAAUAAUUUUAGGUACAGUGUUAGAAUGUUUAUGUUUUGGGUGUAUUGUUAUUUGUUAUUACCAAAAAUAUUGCAGUUAGCAAGUAAAAAAAGCAUUGUUGAAGUUUUCGUGCAAUAAAAUAUUAUAUGUGGGCCACAAUUAGUAGUAGUAGUUUACCGAUAGUAUGGUUUGAUCUAUGUACUUAAUAAUACAAGUAUAUAACAAAAGGACGUUCAUAGAACAUGGCAACAGCUUAUUUUUGGAAUUAAUUUUGUUUUUUUUCUGAAGUCUACUAUUUUAUUGAGCCAUAAUUGUAAAUAUUUCAUCAUUUUUAUGUCAACGCAUACCUGCCCGAUAACCUUUUCAUACAGUUUUGUGUGUGUCCGUGUGUAUGUUCCGAAUGAACUCAAAAACGAGUCAACUGAUAUUCAUGAAAGUUGGCAUAUACAGUUUGUCAACUUAUGUGGACACACUGUAUAUGUUAUUUGGUACAACUUGAUAGGAUAGAAUAGUUAUUAUUUAAAUUAAUAGUCUCAAUAAUUAAUAAUAAACUGAUCAUCAACGUUGAUUCUUGUUAUUAAUCGUAGUUUCCAUAAGUCUGGAACAGAUGGCGCCUUAAGCGAAUUUCUUUACAAAGAACUGUAAAAUUUUGUCCUUUGCACUGCAUAGAUGACGCCACACUUUAUAUUUAUAUUUUCUUAAACUACACACUAUACAUGUCUUAUUUUGCCUAUACCACUUAAAGUCGCUUCUUUCAAAUCACUCUUCAUUUUGUCUUCGUUGCGUACAUAACUUGGAAUUAUUUGUUUUUCCUUCUAACUUACAGUUAUUCAGAGAACAGCGAAAUUCAUUCACAUUAAAAAUCAAUUACUAUUUUUAGUAAAAUGCCAUCCAAAAAAUCCAACCUUAAUGCCCGUAGCAAGAAGACUCGAUGUGCACGUGUUGAAAGAGCUCAUGAAUCAGUCGAACAGAGAGCAGAAAGAAAUGCAGCUAAAAGAAAUCGCACAGCUGACAUUCGUGGACGAGAACAGCGUGAUAAUCGUCGACAAGAAAACGCAUUGAGAACCAGGGUGGCACGUCAACAAAACAUAGAUGCAUAUAGAGAAUAAAACCGAGGAAAUCAUCGAACCAACCGUCUUGCAUUUAAUUAUGAACCAGACAUCAAUUACUCGGCUGAUUCCUAAGUUACUAUUGGUGCGAUGGAAAAAAUAUGCAAUUAUGUCAGGCGUCAAAAUUUCGCAAUGAAACACCCGGCGUUUAUUGCGCAUCAGGAAAAGUUGUAUUGUCACCACUUCCUACUCUACCUGAAACUUUGAAAUCCCUUCUUUCUGCCAUCUCAAAUGAAUCAAAAUUAUUUUCGCGUAAGGCCGGGACUGCUAGUAUGUAUAAACUACAAAGGGUCAUGUAUUGAGACAAAAGGCGACUAUAGUGAGAUACUGUUUGCAGUAUGGUUCUUGAACAAAAAGUUUUCCUCGAAAUUGAAGAAAAAGUUCAUACAAUGUUGAAAUCUGCUUGAGGUAACUAUAGUGACUUUUGAGAUUGUUCACCAGUUAACGAGUAGCGAAUUUGACCUCAAAAAUAGAUUAAAAUUUACGUGAAGUAGUUGAAACAAACAUUGGUAUAAUUUCUAAACGGUGUACCAAGAAAGAGGUUCAAUGGCUCUCUUCUAUAUCAUAGCAACGAUCUGUGCCACCACACUUUUGUUUCGAGUGUUUAUCCACUUUACUCACCAGAUUUAACACCAUACAAAUUCUGGUUACGACAUUUCGAAAGAGGAGAUUGUGUUUCAAUGAAAUAAUUAACUAUAUUUUUGAUUAUAAAUAUCAAUGUUAAUAAUAUUAAUAACCUACUGAUUAUUGUUUAUGAGUUAUAGAAGGUGUCCCAUGACGAGUUAAGACAAUCUGUAUAUGGCAAAAUAUUUAUAGUAGUAUAGUAAAAUCAUGAAAAUUUCUACGUUUGGGCUUUCGGAUACGACAUUUUUAACUAAAAUAUUUUCAAAGAUGGUCGACUUCCGGAAGUUCACUGUAACUUUGUUAUUUUAAAUAGAAUACCCUGUAUAUUAAUACAUUUUUGAAAUCUAUGUAAAAUUUUAGUAUACUUUCUUCUAAAAACUUUAUUCGAAAAAUGCAUACUUUUUGUGUUAUUAAUUUUUUAAUUUGACCGUUGCAGACCCUUAUAAAUUAUUUUUUUACGAAGAUACCCUUAAAGAUAUGAAAGUGGUUUCUUCAUUUUCUCAAUUUUUCCAUUUUAAUGUAUUCAGGAGUCAAAAAUAAGGCAAAUUCAUGUAUACUUUCCUAUACCUAAACCUCACCGUUAUCCAUAUAUUAAUGAUGUUUACAGAUGUUUUCUGUAAAUUUUUAAAGAUGGAGGUGUGGUCUAAAUUUUAUUUUGACCCGUUAAUACAAGCAAUUUUUGGGACUAAAAUAGCUUGUUCACGUGCCACACAUGACUAAUAUAAUUAGCUUUUAAAUCUGGAAAUAUACUUUCAAUUGACGCAUCUUUCGUAUUCACUAUGUUGCGCAGAAAUUUUCUGGCAAUUUGAUGCAUUCUGUGUCUCCAUGCAAUGGUAUUCUUCCCUUUCUUAUGUUGAGCAAUUGCUCAAGAAUGGAGAAGGAGUCGUUUUGCAGUUGAGCACGUAUACGAGGUCGGACUAUUAAAUAACGAGACCGGUUACGAAAAAGGGUUUUAUUAUAAAAAUUAUUCUAUAUUCGAAUGCUCCCUUUCAAUAUUCUCCCUUCCUUUCACCACACACCUUUCCAUACUUUUUUUUUAUUGAUCGAAGCAGUGCUGGAAGUCUUCUUUGGUUAGCGCCUUUAGAAGCUCUGCCGUUUUUUGCUUUACUGCUUCCAUCGACUUAAAUCGGGUGCCUUUCAAAGCAGAUUUUAUCUUUGGAAACAAAAAAAAGUCGCACGGUGUCAAAUAUGGUGAGUACGGCGGGUGUUCGGAAACUGGAGUGCGCUUACUGGCCAAAUAAUGCUUCACAGACAGUGCGUUAUGGGCAGGUGCGUUGUCCUGGUGCAAAAUAGGGCCGUUAUUUACGAACUCAUUCUCGCAGUGUUGCCGAAACUGACAAAUAGCAAGUCUGGAUGACAGUACGACCCUCUGGAACCCAUUCAUUCAUCACGAUACCGUUAAUGUAGAAAAAAUUGAUCAACAUUGCGUUGGAUUUGGUUUGCUCUUUCAGCCCUCACUAAAGCGCUUACACCACUCAAAAAUACGCGCACGAGAUAGAGAAUUGUCCCUAUAAGCCUCUCGCAACAAUUUAUAGCACUCAGUCGGAGUGUUUUGCAAUUAAAAGAGAAAUUUGAGAUUGAUACGUUGCUCCUGUUUUUCGGCGCGAGAAAAAAACACGUUCGCUAUUGGACAAAUACUAUAAUAGUGGCGGAACGUGUAUUGGGACUUGCAUCGAUAAGAUAUCUAGAUACCCAACGCACUAAACGUUUCUUACCCCGCACGUUUAGGGCGCCCUCUAGGCGCGCAGUCUCGUUAUUUAAUAGCCAGACCUCGUAAUUGUAUUUAGACAUAAUGUACUGAUAUAGCGCGUGGAAUGACCGGCAACGUCUGCCUAAAAUUACCGAACAGCAGCAAUAAAGCACCGCCUGGUGUUAUUAUUUAGAUUUUUUAUCAUUCUAUCGAGAGCUUCAAGUGAAUGCUUGUGGGCCAUUCAUUCCAGAUAAUAUGUUUGCAUUUUUGCAAAACUUUAGCCAUACCGGAAUAUAUUUUGAUGUUGCACGCUGCAUCUGGAUUUGUGUGAAUGUUCAACAGCAACUGGAGUGUUGAUUUGCAGUCGGUCCGCCAUCAAGAAAGGUGACUGCAUUACCUGAUGAAGCAAUUGCUAACGCUUUUCCAGUGUCACUUGGUGCGUUCAAAAAAACAAGAUUCUACCUUAUUCUGCUACAAUUGACAAAUUAAUUCGAUCGUAUACAUUAUAUUGUUCAUCAGUGAGUAAUUGCAACUACAUCUACCAUUCUGAUUUAAGUAACUUUUCCAGGCCGCCACUUGAAUACAUACACAAAAAUUCGAUCCAGCCGUUUAAUUGCAAUAUAGAUAAAUAACCUAGAUAUCGAUUUGUGGAACUAAAUCGUCCAGACCUCCACUUGAACAUAUUAAAAAAAUCAUUUAAAUCAAACCAGCCGUUUAGUUGCAGUAAAGAUAAAUAACUUAGAUACCGACUGCAGCGCCAUUUGCCCAUAUCUGAUUUGUGUAUCCAAACUAUCGAGGGCGCCACCCAAACGCAUACGAAAAAAUUCACUCAAAUCCGUAUAGCCGUUUAGGAGGAGUUCAGUGACAUACACACGUACAAUGGAAUUAUAUAUAUAAAGGUAAGUAAUUUGAAUCCUACUAUAGGAAAAGAAAUAAUCGGCAGUAGGUAUAAUUUUAUAGAGUUUAGAUGAAUGAUUUAUACAUUGAUUUUUUUUAUUUUCUCUUAUAUUCAGAGUGCGAAUUUAUGUUUUAAAAAAUCUAAAUGAACAAUACGCACCCUAAAUAUUUUUUCUUCAUUAAACAUUCCAAUUAGUUUUGCGAAAUAAUUAAAUACACAUUCCAGGUUUAGUAUAAACGAAUAAUGUUCCUAGCCCAUACAAUACUAAAAAUAUAAGUUCUAUGAAUGUCUUAAUAUAUUCACUAUUGUGUAUUCUAUCAAUUUUUAGCGUGGGUUUUUGAAAGCUGUUAUCCACAGAAACCAGUGCUUACCAAAUAUCUACAUUUAUAUUUUCAUUUCAAGAAGUGUCAAAAUUUAUUUAACUGUACAGUAGAGUUGAACUGGCGCCUUAAAAGCUGAACAUGCAGUUUGCAGUUAAACCUCGAUCUGAUGUUAUUAAUUGGCUGUUCAAUAAGUUAUGUCGUUCGAUAAGAGACGACGCUGUCAGGUUCGUGUAAAACCUCUUCAAAACCAUAAAGUUUCAUAUAGAUGAAUAAACUCAUUCAUAUAUUUCCAGUGGUCCAAAGCUGACUCAUCACCAUAUUUUUGCAUAAAAAAAAUAUAAGUAGCCUUGGAUAUCAAAUUAGGUAUUGUGAGAAAAGUUUUGAGUUACAGAAAGAUCUAUGUUUUAUAACUAUAGAUGAGGAUUGAGUCCACCACCAACAUUCUGGAAAGGAUAAGAAGUGGUGGGAACCGCUGCAUAGAGGACAAGAAAGUUUUAGCAUUAGAUUUUUGCUUAUGGAUUUCCUCGACAUUGGUGAAACAAGAAACGUAGAUUGAGUGUGAAAAUUACGAGGAAAAAUAUCUGGUCUACAGAAGCAUAAUGCACCCUCUCACACAGCACAAGAAACCAUCCACAAAAUUAGUGACUUGAGUUACGAACAACCUCUCUAUUAGCCAGAAUUGGCUUCCUAAGAUUUAUGGUUAUUUUCUCACCCGAGAAAAUUCACGCUUGGAAAAGGAUUUCCAUCUCACUUCUAGAAUAUGAAUUUGUUAAAUUCGAACAAUAUCGCGUUUAUCUUGACGAACGGAAAAAACUCAUUGAACAACAAGGUGGGACUCUUAAAAUUCGUUUCCACCGAAUCAUAAUGAAUAAGAUAUCCCUGCAAAAGAGAAAGCAGCAAGGAAGACUGUUAUUUGAAAAAUAAAAAAGGUUAGCUAGUUCAACUUCUGUAUACCAUAUAUUAAUAGCUCCCCUCAAUGUACUUAAUAAGUAAAACUCCAGGGUAAUAAGACUACUACAAAUCAAGUGAAGAAGUCUCGUGAUUUGAAAAGCAAUUAUUUUUUAAAUAAAACCUAAAAUGUGUUUGGUUGUUUUAUAAUUGAUUAUUUUUAAUUUUGAGAGAUAUGUAAAUAUAUUUAAAAUAUUUUGUACAUUUUUCUUGGACUUUCGGUUUUAUUAGGGCUUCUCCACGAAUUCUUCCAUAAAAAAUGAAACUAUCCAUAAGUAAUGACAUUUUGAAUGUCAAUAAAAAAGUUGAAUCUGAAGUUUUUGUUUGUGUCUUCCUCAUGUAAGAAAUAUUAUUGUGAAUGUUUUCAAAGACAAUAAAAUUUCACCAUCUAUAUUUGUCUCUUGUACAUUCGCAGCCUAAUAUUAUCGGAAGUUAAAAAAUUCAAACCCUGUAAGUAAUGUAUAUCGAACUGGCCUAUUUUUGAUGAAAAAUUAACUUUAAAUCCAAGCAUAAAAUAUUUUCUAAAAUACAUCAGGACAGCAAACUGAGCUUACUAAUUCAUGUUGUGAUCUACAUAGAUAUUUCAUUGUUAAAUUUUUACAUUGUUUACUCCGUAAGUACAAUAAACUUAUAUAAACAAA